AUGGUAUACUGGCUGCUCGUUCUGGGCUUUGGCUACGCUGAAACCACCAGUGGACAUGAGCUACAGAGAGAUAUUCAGGCCGAAGAUAUGAACCUUGUUACUUUCUUGAACUCGAAGACACAACAACAUGACGCUAUAUUCGUGGAAGCGGUUCAGCUGCUGGAAACAAUGAAGUCAUCGCCGUCUUGCAACCGAUUAGCAGCCUCGAGGCUGAUUAAAUCGUGCCAGUCAAUUGGAGCAAUAGAUGAGAGCAUAGACCCCGAUACCUACGUGGCUCUGGAGCAUGUGCGGUCGCUCUAUGCUGCUAGCUUGGCUAUUUGCGAACUCAAUGAAGCGGGCGCCUCCACUCCCUCGCCAUGUGUCCCGGUGACAACGCCGUCGCAGAACAAAAGAAGACUCUUUGGAUUCUCUUCCAAGUCCACGUCGCCAAUCCAGGGGCCAGGCACUGUUUCCAAGGAGCUGCUUGCUUCAUGCCUCAAAACGCUGGAAUCGAGACCCCAAUGGUGGACCUCGUACAGUAAUAGCAGGCAGAAUGCCAUAGUCAUAUGCCAAGCAGCAAGGGUCGAAGGCGAGAAAGAAGAGCUUCUUGAGCUUUACAAAUCUAUUGUUGAGGCCUCCUUUAAGCUUAACAGCGGCCUUCAAGAAGCUUUGCGCAUAGCUGUUGCGGAGUCAGCACAGCAUAAAGCCUUCAUGGAAGCCACAGAAAUCAUGAGGGCCAGACUAGUCGCAGACCUUGAAGAAACAGAUUCUCGCUUCAGCAGAAUAUUCGAGAAGAUCUUCCAUGACAUUGAACUUGGUGCCAAGUCGAUGGUCGAUUCCGUCAACUCAGUACUUAGCAGGACUCAAAAUGAAGCGACCAGCUUAGAAAGGAACAUUCUCAAUGCCACCACCGAAAUAAGCCACUUGCAGCAGACAUUGAGAGCUGUUCAUGAUGAGGCAUUGCUCAGGAAUGAGGAAAUGAGGAUUGCUCAUCGGCAGGAUUCUUCGACACAGACUGAGCUUGCAUCCUCAAUCCAGGAAAAGCUGGAAAUCCUCUUGCGAGGUGACAUUGCGACUAUAGUCGUUCAAAUGCAGGCAUUUGAUUCAUCAAUAGAAUGGCUGUCGGGAAGGUUUGGGGUUCUAUUGCAGCAAGAGACGAGCAUAUCCGAGCGCCUGCAAGGUCUUAAAAAUACACUCGAGAAAUCUCAAAUGAAUGCCGACAAUCUCCACAAAUCGCAGGCCGAGCAGCUUGAGUCAUUCAGGGCGCAAUCUCAAAUCCAGCAGAAUAUGCAGACCAGCAUGCAUAUCUCACAGGCUCUCAUAGAUAAAGCCGCUGCAACCGCGGCCAAUCUGCAGGCCAUGAUUGAUGAAGCCACGAUGAAGUAUAAAGAGUCACCUACGAUGAGCGGACUUUUUGGGUCAUACUCGGCAUGGAUGGCGUAUGGCCUUCUUUUUAGCGUACUGGGUACGCAGAAUCUGAAAGUAUUCAUUGCAAUGCUACUAUUCGCUGCCGUGCAUGUCUCGGCCAAGCUCUUGUGGUAUAUUUGA